AUGCUGGAGAGAGUUCGGGUUGCUAGUGCCAAGGAGGUCUGGACCCUUUUAGGCUUGUAUUCAGAUAACUCGAAUUUACAUGAUUGGCUCUACAGAGGUGCAAGGAGUGGAGAUGCUUUUCUUUUCUUUUCGACUAUCUGGUGGAUUUGGAGAAGCAGAAAUCAUGACUUAUUUAAUAUAGAUGAUUCAUGGAGUGCUAGUAAAGUGGUGAGUUUGAUUCGUAGUUCAGUAAGGGAGUUUCACACUAUUUUUGCUAUGCAUCAAUCUCUGUCUCCUCCUUCACUUUGUUUGCAUUGGGUUCCACCUCCAGUUCAUUCUGUUAAAUUGAAUUGUGAUGCUAGUUGGUUUGCUCCUUCUGGCUAUGCUGGUUUUGGUUGUAUUAUUCGCAAUCCUGAUGGAUGUUGGUUGAAAGGUUGCACUGGAAAAGUCGAAGUGUGCAGUGUUCUUUUUGCUGAAUUGUAUGCAAUUUGGAGAGGUUUGCUUCUUGCUUGGGAGAGUGGAUUUCGUGAGGUUAUUUGUGAAACAGACUGUUUAGAAGCUCUUUUCUUGGUAAACCAGAGAAUGCUUAGUAAGGAUAUUCCGGAAUGGGAUUUGGCAAAGCAUAUUCAGGAGGUUAUGAAUUGGAGAGUCUCUAUUCUUUUAAUUCAGAGGACUGCAAAUAGUGUUGCAGAUUGUAUGGCUAAAGCAGCUGCUUCUGUCGCGGACAUUCACUCGAAUUGGAGCCAACCAUGGAGUGAGUUUCAACAUCUAAUAGAUUUAGAUAUGACCCUAGCCAAUUAA